CUUCGAUCAGGUCCCCGAUGCCGAUGUCUGCGAACCAGAACCCGAGCAAGCGUCUCUGCAAAGCUAAGCACCUUGAUUUCUCCCUCUUUGGCCACGUUCAAGAAGUUCUCGUUAAGGUCACGCAGUGCUGGUGAGUCUUAAUUAAAGCACAUCAAUUUAUCACUUGCAUCACAAGAACAUUUACACCAACUUUAGUCUUGAAUCGCUAACCUUUGCAAAGCUCUCUGACUUCGAUGGAGGGGAAGAGGAGAUAUCGGACAUUGACAGAGUAUUCCGCCAUAAAGGUUCCGUGAUGAGGGACGCUGUAGAACAAAAUGCCUUUGGUGUUUUUUAGCAGCUCCUGCAUAUCUGGGUCCUCAGAGGCAUCAAUCAGCAUUCUUUUCACCAGCAAGCCUGGCAGGAAAAUGAAGAAAAAUGUCAAAAAUGGAUAUAGUUAUAACACAAGCCUCGCAAAGACGUGGCGUACCUCCCAUACUGUGAGCUACCCAGACCACCGGCCUGUCGCCAACCCCUGCCAUCUUCAGCUUGUUGAGCAGCUCUCGACUCCUGCUGGCCAAGGACUUUCUGCAGAGAGAAAAGUUGGCGAGAGCGCGAGCUGCAUGGGACGCCUGCAUGACGUGAGGAGACUGCAUCACCUCGGCCAGGACUGACACCCACCCUUGAGGUUGGUCAAGACAAAACGGCAUUAUACAACAGUGCGUUCAAAAAUAGGCUAUACACAUAAUCCUGUCUUUUAAUAAAAGACAGUAAACAUGGGCAUAUUUCAGACAUAGUUGCAAAUGGUGAUUAAUUUAUUUCAAAACUGGGAUUAAUCCGAUUAAAAAAAAAAAUCAUUUAACAGAAAAGCUUAAAAACAUAAGUGCUAACAUAAGGUACAAUAUGACUUACCAGACUGAACGAUGGCCUUGUGAGCGCUGUCAUUGAGCGCCAGGUUCCCGAUGAUUCGCACAAUGUUCCUCUGAAUCUUCUGGGAGUCACUCCUUAGCUGGUAAACUCUCUGAAGAAGCAUGAGACCCCCGUUGGACACUAUGUGGUCACAGUGGCUUUGAACCUGCAGAGCAUAAAAGCAAAGUUAAUACUUAGUAUGGUUUACCUUAAGUAAGUUGGGUCAUUCCAUUUAUCUGACCUUGGAGUGCUGGACUAGGGCCUGUAGGCAGAAGGACUCCACCUUCUCAGAUGGGACAGAAGUCAGACUCUGAGCGUAGGGCAACCCGUUGCCACCAAAACACCACAGGCCGCCCUGAAACAAAGCAUUUGAAGAGUCAAGGAUUGUUGGAAUAAUUGUACAUAAAGUUAUCCUAUUUUUACUAUAUUCUUAUGACCUAUUUUUACUAUAUCCUUAUGACCUAUUUUUCUUAUGACCUACAAACAUUUCGUAUCACCCACAUAACAAAGUAAGAUUAACUCUGUACAUGUGUUUCAUAUCACUCACAUAACAAUGUAAGAUUAAUGCUGUGACGCCUGCACUUGUGGUGUACAUCAUGAUUAAGGGAAAACAGAACAUGACAGAACAUUCCUUAGCAGAUAGUUUUAACACCCUCAGGGGACAUAGGCACGGGUCAGAAGUAGAUAUGACCUCAAAGGGUAUGUGUGUGUGUGUGUCCGGAGAAUCACAUGCCAAGGAUGAGCUAUCUACACAUAUGGAUAACAUGUUGUGCAAAGAAACUGGUUUCAACUAGAAUGAUUAAACCCCCCUUCCCUCAGCUAUUUGAUUGUACAGGGCCUUCCUUCAAUAAAAAGGCAAGAGGGCAGGAACUGCUUCAGAGUGAGGUGGCGAAUUGUUACUGAACGGUUCCUGAUCACUCUCCUUGCAAGUAAAAAGAAACUCAUCUCUCUGCGUCUUCUUUUGUACAAGCAGUGUUUUUCUACAAGUGUCGGGGUUUAAACCUGACAUUUUAUUGGUCCUUCGAGCCGGAUUCCAAGACACCUGACGAUCCCAGCGGGCAAGCGAGAUCCAGGCAAGACUGUGGCCACAGCAUUAAUACCCUUUCCGGGACUGGUCCCUCUCUUGCGGGCUGGGAUCCGACGGUUGAAGGAAAUCCAGAGACGCAGAGAUUGUGAGUACAAAUUUUGUUUAAAAGGAAUGGAUGUGUGAAAAAGUAAAAUAGACAAACCCUGCAGGUCAGAAAAAGUAAAAUAGAGGGUUCUGAAGACAAACCCUGCAGGUCAAAAAAGUAAAAUAGACAAUAAAAGAACUUUAAAGAGAGGGUUCUAAAGAAAACAGAGAAAAGAAUAAAAAAAUAAGUGAAGACAAACCCUGCAGGUCACAAAGGUGAAAUAGACAAUAAAAGUACUUUAAAGAAAACAGAGAAAAGAAUAAAAAAAGUAAGUGUACCAAACCCUGACAAUUCUAGGCUCUAUCAGGUCCGACAGUUAAAUUCCGUAGGUGGAGUAGACGCCCCUAGUUGAAGCAGACUAGUUAAAUUCUACAUAGGAUGGCGGAGUCCUCUGGGCGGUAAAAAUAAAAGGCGCGCGCAGUGUGAGUGUGUGAAUGUGUGAGUGUGUGAAUGAAAAUACAAUUACCACUAGGUAACUGUGUUUUAUACCAAACCAACAAGAAGCAAAUGGUGAGCCUUUGUGGAUGCUUGUAGGCAAGAAAAUUCCACCUGAAAAGGUUGAAGAGAAUUUUACCACAAAAGGUUGUUGAUCACCAUCUUGUUGAAAAUAACCCCAGUGUUAGAACACGACAGGUGUUAAGAACCACUGGGUCCAAAUUUAGUUCAAAAUGGGGAAGGGACAAAGUAAAGAAAAACAACUGGAAAUAUGCAAAUGUGCGGCCCACACAACUGGAACUGACCCAGUAUCAAAAGGAAAUGCUUUUGCAGACAAAACAGCCAAAGAAGCAGCACAAAAAGAAAAACAACAGAUAGAGCAGAAAGUGAAGGUUGUAAAAAGGAAGAGUCAUAAGAUAGUAAGGGAAAUUUUACUUCAUGAGUAUCAGAAAGAUGAAGAAAAAGUAAUGAAGGAGAAAGACUCAGACACAUUUUAUACACGAAAGGAAGGUAACGAAAGAAGGGUCAUGCCAACUCGGAGAAGAUUUGGAGGAAGCGGUAGAGGAACAGGUAGACAGAAUAUACAAAACUAUCCCAACAAUGCUAGAUGUUGGAAUUGCGGUGAAGAAGGUCACUUCUCCCGUGAUUGUGUCAAAGGCCAGUACAAAAGGAACCAAAAGCGAUAUUCAGCACGACUAGGCUUGUCUUAACAAAUACAACCAGAACCAAAUGAUGAACCAGUAGUAUAAUUACAAGUACAACCAAAUAAAACUAAAUUCAUAUGAAGGAAUAAAACCAGCAAUAGAAGAUUUGUUAAAAAAUUUUAAGUCUUAGUAGAAUGCGAUAACCCACCACGUAAUAUCCCUAUUUUCCCAGUGAGAAAAGUGCCACUCUCUGUGGGAUGGAGAAUGAUAAAGGACAAGUUGUAAAUCAAGCUGUGGUGGCAAGAGCACCUUGUGUGCCUGACCCACACACAUUGUUAAAUUCUUUACCAACAGAUGUCACAUGGUUCACCGUAGUAGACAUCAGGCAUUCUUCUCCAUUCAAAUAGAGAAAGAAAGUUCAGGUUCGCAUUUAUGUUUGCAGAAAGAAUAAAAAACAAAUAGAUAUAUAUAUAAUUUAUUCACAAGCAAUGAUGGCCAGUAUGUCCACGUUCGAACCCCCAAAUGGAAGCCAGAAAUUAUUAUAUGUAGAUGACAUCCUACUAGCGUCACAAGAUAGGAAGUCAUGUGAAGAAGACAAUAGCCUUAUUGCACCAUUUAGCGAAAGAAGGCCAUAAAGUGAGUAAAGACAAACUACAAUUUUGUAAACAAUCAGUGAAGUAUUUAGGCCAUCAGUUGACAGGACAAGGGCGAACCAUUCUAACAGACAGAAAACAAGCAAUCUUGAACGAAGCUCAACCACAUUUAACACUUGAGCGAUGCACCACGCUCAACCCAGCUACCCUUCUACCAUUCCCUGAGGAAGGCCAACCACAUGAUUGUUAUGAGCUAACAACACAAACUGCAAAGUGUACACCAGACCUAUUAGAUCAGACACUAACAUAAAGGGGUGAUUUGGUAGAUGGUUCCUCAAAGAAAAAUUAUUUGGGAAAAACAAUAACAGGCUAUGCAGUCUUAGCGCUUACAGAAGCAUGCAAAUUAAUGAAAGGUCAAAAGGUGACAAUUUAUACUGAUAGCCAAUAUGUAUAUUCAACAGUACAUAUCUUUGCACAAUAUUGGCAAAACAGAGGUAUGACAAUAUCAACGAGAAAACCAGUAACUCAUGCAGGAUUAUUAACAACUUUACUAGAAGCAGUGCAAUUGCCAAAACAAAUUGCUGUAUGUAAAUGCACGGCACGUACUAAUAAUUCGGAUCCAAUAUCUUUAGGAAAUAUGUUCGCUGAUAAAAUGAUAAAACAAGCGGCACUAAAGGAACUGAACCAUCUUAACACAGAAAAAAUUACAAGUACACUUUGAGAUCCUGGCAGACAUUUAACAACAGAGUCCAAAGCAAGAAAUUGACCACUGGCUAAGGAAUAAAGCAACCCUGGACAAAAAUGUUAAUAUGUCGAUAGAUAAUAAAACAAUCUUGAAGAAAAAAAUUUUUUUUUGCAUAAGUGGGACGCUAUUUUGAGCCAUGGUUUUACACAUGUCUCAACAGGAGGGAUAUGUGAUAUGUGCCAUGCCACACUAUUAACACCCACUUUACUACGUAUGGAUUUUUGUAUUUUUGUAGGAUUUAAUUCUUAUUUAAAAAAUUUUUUGUAGAGCAUGUUUAGCGUGUGCAAAACACAAUGCCCAGGGCAGCUUGCGACCUCGGCGUGGCCAAUUUCAAAAACCACAAUACUUAUUUCAAGAAAUACACAUGGACUUCAUUGAACUCAACAACAGUGAAGGGAAAAAAUUCUGUUUCGUGAUAAUAGACUCAUUUUCAAAAUGGAUAGAACUGUCCUACAAAACAUCCAGAUGCACUAACAGUAGCUAAAACUCUAUGCAAAGACAUAAUUCCACGCUAUGGUAUUCGAAAAAAAAUUUACAGUGAUAAACUAUGACUAAAUUAUGCAUCUCCAUCUUAGUUUUUACCCUAACUGUACCUAUUUGCGUCAUGAUAAUAGCAUUGUGGUAUCUGCUGUAGAUUUGUAGCUCCUCAACGACCUUCAGAGGAAGUCCGGCUACAAAGGGGGCUGUAAUUCUAGUUUGCAGUCGUCUCAAACCGGUGAAGAUUGUCCACAACUCUGUUGCGUCAUUAGGAGGGGUUGCAGGUCUGCAGGUAAGAUGAUCACUCAGACGCAUAAAAAAAAUAAUAAUAAUAAUUAAUUAGCAGCAGUAGGGGGACUGAUCGGAAUAAUAAUAGUAAUGUCACUGCUACUAUGGGAAAAGAAUCUUAACAUGCAGAAAAGAAGGGUGGGGGACCCUAACCAAUCACAAGCACAGGUCAACAAAAACCUUGGAUAAUUAAGUGGGCAUACAACAACUCCAUAUGUAUGACCAUAGCCACAAAUUCGACUACCGAACUCCAAAUACCCAUAUCAUCGUUAAAAGGAUUUACAAAUAGACAUCAGGUGUCAGGGGAGACAUAUGCUGGUUACUGGUGGUAUGUUACUGGACACGUGUUAGAUUUAAGUUGGGACACAUUGAUUACCACACAGGAAGGUGAUUACUGGGCACCUGGUACCACAUUAGAAGCCAAGUAUUUCCAUAAUAAAAUUAUGAUAAAGAAACAUGGGGCCAUGUUAAGUAUGACAUUUGCCUUUAGCUCAGCUAAGCUCAACCCAUAUGACCGGCCAUUGGGCACUAUUUUAAAUACCUCGUGUUGGGGUUUCCUUUUAUGGGCCUACUCUUCUGGGGCAGAUCCCUACUUUCCUAUAAUUAUUUGUGAAAAUCAAACCAUGACCCCUGCUGAAAUGCCAAUCACAAAUAACUACACACGUCACGCUGGAGUUAAAAUAGCCGUAAUUCGAAAUGCAGAUGAUUGGUUUCAGGUCAUUACGGGCAUCUCACAACAAAGUAAUAACUGGCUGCUGCUAGUAGAACAGGCAGCAAACAUGUCAAAUCAAGGAGAUUGUGUAGUAUGUAUGGAGGCCAGACCACUAUUACAAGUUGUGCCCUCGGCGCUAAGUAAACAAUGCCUACUUGACGUAAUGAAUAACACCUUACCAUCAGUCAACUGUUUAUCAUGGGAUAAGAUUUAUCCACUGACUUCUGCUGAAAAACGAAAACCAAUAUUCUCUAACAAAGUAGCAGCAGGAAAUUUCUCUUGCGUAAAAAGAAUCGGUAAGGGCCGUAGAUUGGGCAAAUUAAAAAGAACCCAAUGUCACCAAGUACAAACAGUAGACAAAACGUUCAGACCAAAAUCCCGCAGUGACAUCUGGUGGUGGUGUGGGGAUGAUAAAUUGUAUGAUAGAUUACCAUACGAUACCACAGGACUUUGCGCUUCGGUAUCACUGAUCUUGCCAGUAUCAGUUAUUCAAACCUCCAUCGCCAAUCUAUUGACCACAGUAAACAGUGUUCUCCCCCAUUCCUGGAAAACCAAAACAAAAAGAUCAACAACAGGAUGGAGUGCAAAGGAUCCAACCUACAUAGACAGCAUAGGGGUACCGAGAGGAGUCCCUGAUGAAUACAAAUUAGUCAACCAGAUAGCAGCAGGUUUUGAAUCAUCGAUUUGCUGGUGGUGCACAAUUAACAAAAAUGUAGACAGAAUCAACUACAUCCACUAUAACGUGCAGAAAUUAGGAAACAACACUGAAAGAGGGUUCUCCGCCAUCCAUGAACAACUGUCAGCUACCUCCCUCAUGGCUUUCCAAAACAGAAUUGCUGUUGACAUGCUCUUGGCGGAGAAGGGCGGAGUAUGUGCCAUUUUUGGUGAUCAGUGCUGCACGUUCAUUCCGAACAACACGGCAGCGGACGGGAGUCUCACCAAGGCCUUAGAAGGUCUAAGGUCCCUUAACAGCAAGAUGAAAGACCAUUCUGGAGUUGACACGUCAAUGUGGGGUGGUUUUGGAGACGUAUUUGGCAAAUAUAAACAACUGAUAAUGUCAGUUUUGAUGUUAGUCGCUGUAUUUGCAGCUAUUCUCACCUUAUGUGGAUGUUGUUGCAUUCCCUGCAUUAGAGUUUUGUGCACCAGGCUAAUCACCACUGCUAUCCAACCAAUUAAGCAAGAGGUGUCAAAAAUGUAUGCCCUCCUUACUCCAAAAGGGGAGCCCCAAGAAGACAGCUACGAUGAAGACACCGAAACUGAAGAGAUACAUGACAAAACAUCAUGGCAUUUUCAGGACUUGUUUUCCGAUCCAGGAGAUUAUGCAGCUGACCUCUGAGUGUACCUUUUGCGCUAUGGGACUGAAGAGGUCAACGGAGGAUGGGAGAAUAUAGUGCAAAAUGAAUAAACAGGAGGGAAAUGUUGGAAUAAUUGUACAUAAAGUUAUCCUAUUUUUACUAUAUUCUUAUGACCUAUUUUUACUAUAUCCUUAUGACCUAUUUUUCUUAUGACCUACAAACAUUUCGUAUCACCCACAUAACAAAGUAAGAUUAACUCUGUACAUGUGUUUCAUAUCACUCACAUAACAAUGUAAGAUUAAUGCUGUGACGCCUGCACUUGUGGUGUACAUCAUGAUUAAGGGAAAACAGAACAUGACAGAACAUUCCUUAGCAGAUAGUUUUAACACCCUCAGGGGACAUAGGCACGGGUCAGAAGUAGAUAUGACCUCAAAGGGUAUGUGUGUGUGUGUGUCCGGAGAAUCACAUGCCAAGGAUGAGCUAUCUACACAUAUGGAUAACAUGUUGUGCAAAGAAACUGGUUUCAACUAGAAUGAUUAAACCCCCCUUCCCUCAGCUAUUUGAUUGUACAGGGCCUUCCUUCAAUAAAAAGGCAAGAGGGCAGGAACUGCUUCAGAGUGAGGUGGCGAAUUGUUACUGAACGGUUCCUGAUCACUCUCCUUGCAAGUAAAAAGAAACUCAUCUCUCUGCGUCUUCUUUUGUACAAGCAGUGUUUUUCUACAAGUGUCGGGGUUUAAACCUGACA